GAAGUUGUUUAACAGGAAGCUGGUGUGGAUAUUCUGAAAAUCCUUUUUCUAUUCCUCCUAGCAGACAAAAGUCUGUAAAGAUGUACUGGAGUAGAGCUUGGGACCUUUGAGAGGAGCAUGUGUCUGAAUCUGAAGUCAACUUGGGACAUUUCUCAGCCUUCAGGAGACGGGUGGCAUUGCUUCUUACCUCGAAGAGAGAUUGCAAGUGCGGAAUGUAUGUUGACGGUCGUUCCCGGCGACUGAAGCGAGAAAUUUGCAGUGCAGAAGUUGAACUGUCUUCCUGCAGUGAAUAAUCUUUCACUCUCCUGGACUGCUGAAGUGAGGCUGACAACAAAGCAGACAUGGAUGUGUUUGGUGGUGCACCACGUUUCUUUGCCUAUCCAAGACCUGUGGUGGUACAAAGUGGAGCUGAUGCAGUUCUAAAAUGUCAAAUUGGUGGUGAUCCAAGGCCUGCAGUUAUCUGGGAACGAAACAAUGAAAAGAUUGACCCACAGGGACGAUACAGGGUCUUUGAGGAUGGAAAUGUUUACAAUCUCAUCAUUUCAGCUGUGACCACCGAGGAUAGUGGUCAGUACAUAUGCAAAGCAAAGAACAGCAUUGGGGAAACAUAUGCUGCGGCCACACUGAAGGUGGAAGGUGAAGCACAGGAGAUGGAGUUACGAGAGGAAAAUAAGCCACGAUUCCUCAUCAAGCCCCUCUCAACUCGCGCCGGUCGUGGGGAUGAUGCCGUCUUCUCUUGUAAGCUCUGGGGAAACCCAAGACCAGAGGUUGUCUGGGAAAAGGAUGGCAGGAAACUCAAUGAAAUAUUUGAAAGCACACAUUUCAAUGUGGGCUUCCAGGACGGUGGAUGGUUCCAGCUCAAGAUCUUUAAGACUCGUGCUCCAGAUGGGGGUGUGUAUACAUGCAAAGCCAGAAAUGAGUUUGGGGAAGCGUUGGCAGGAGCUGUGUUGCUUGUUGAUGCAGGCCCGGGACAUGAGGACGAUGGAAACCGGAAUGGCUACACAAAUGGCCACUGGAAGGCCCACCAGGGAAAACAGAGGAGCGGUAGGCAAGUGCCAAACCGGCUCAAAGACGACACCAUGACCAAGUCGACUAAAGUGAAAAUGUUUGCAGUGACAGAGGGUAAACAUGCCAAAUUCCGCUGCUUUGUGACUGGGAAACCCAAACCAGAAAUAAUUUGGAGGAAAGAUGGCAGACUGAUACUGUCUGGAAGGCGGUAUUUGUUAUAUGAGGACAGAGAAGGAUACUUCACUCUUAAAGUUCUGUACUGUAAGCAGAAGGAUAACGGAGUUUAUGUCUGUGCGGCGUCAAAUACUGCCGGGCAAACCCUAAGCGCUGUACACCUCUCCGUAAAGGAGCCGCCUGUGCGGUUCAAGCAACCUCUCAUUGAUCUAGAAGUAUGGGAGCGAGAUUUGGCAGUUCUCGAAUGUGAAGUUCCAGAGGACUCUGUUCCUAUCACAUGGUAUCUGGAGGAUAGACGACUGCAGCCAGGGGCCAAAUAUGGAAUGGAGGAGUGGGGAACAAAACGGCGACUAACUAUCCGUGACAUCGGAGUUGAUGAUGAUGGGAUUUACCUCUGUGAGAUGCCGGAUGGGGGCAGAAGCAUUGCAGAGGUAGCAGUGAAAGGGACAAUUUUGCGGAAGCUUCCAAGAAAAGUGGAUGUUUUAGAAGGCGAAAAUGCAGCCUUUUGUGUUGAAGUGGAAAAGGAAGAAAUGGACAUACAUUGGUACAAAGAUGCCAUUGAGCUUCGUGAAACGCAUCAGACCAUCCUAAAGUCCUUUGGUCGAACUCAUAUCCUAGUUUUCGUCAAUACAAUGCCCCAAGACUCUGGCCUAGUGACUUUCCUUGUAGGCAGAUCCAAAACUUCCUCUCAGCUAAGAGUGAAAGCGGCCAGACAUUGUCCUCCGAGUUGUCCAGUUGGUGUGCAGAUCAACACGGAGCGUGCUAAUGCAGCUCUUCUCUCAUGGGUUCCUGCUCAGGACUCACGAAAGAACCCUCCAUCUGGAUACGUGCUUGAACGACAGGAAGUGGGUACUGGCUCACAGGAGUGGCUACAGUGCCUGACCACAGACUCUGCAACCUCUGUGGAGAUCCUUGGUGAUAGCGUACCAUGUGAAGCAGAUUAUCGAUUUCGCAUAUGUAGCGUAAACAAGUAUGGAAAGAGCAACAAUGUUGAGUUCCCCAGAGCUGUUCACUUGGUUCCAGUUGCCAGAAUACAAGCUCCCCUACAGGAUGCCUUGGUGCCCGAGGGGCAAGAUGCCCUCUUCUCUAUUGAGCUCUCUGCCUCAGUUAUUGGCACAUGGUUCUUAAAUGGUACUCAGCUUCAGGAAGAUGAACGUUAUUCCAUGCGCAGGUCACGAACACACCAAUCUCUUCGCAUUCGGGGAGUACGAGAUACAGACAAUGGAGCUGAGAUCACAUUUAUUGCCUAUGGCAUUCGGGAUUCUGCAGCACUCUACAUACAAGCUCCUCUUGUCAAAUUUUCACCAAUGUCCGAAAUGGAUCGAAACAAAUUUGUAGAAAUUGGGAACCCCAUUGUGCUCUACUGUGAGCUGUCGGACCCUGCAGCUCCAGUACAUUGGUACAAGAAUGGGGUGGAAUUACACACAAUGGAGGGUCUGCAUAUCCAAUCUGAGGGCACUAUGAGAAGAAUUGUGAUCCAAUCAGCAGAGUUCUCACAUUCGGGAGUGUAUUGCUGUGAUGCCAUUGAUGACGUCAUCAGGUUCAAUGUCGAAGUAGAGGCGCCACCGGUAACAUUUGCUGAUAUCCCAGAGGAGGACCUUUUCAAGAGUGUUGUGGAGCAAGAUCAGCUUGUUCUGUCAUGUGAAAUAUCACGGGCUGAUGGUGUGGUCCAGUGGUAUAAAGAUGGCGCUGAAAUUCAACCAAGCAACAAUGUUACAAUCCAAGGAGAGGACACCAAGAGGACUUUGAUAGUACAUUCAACCCAACUGUCUGACACAGGCACGUACACAUGCCGAACAGGAGACAACAUUCUAAUGUACAAGGUUAACAUACGAGAACCUCCAGUGAUGAUAAUCUACCCCAAGGAAGAUGUCCAUCUUGACCGUCAUGUCCCUGAGGAAAUUAUUCUGAGCUGUGAACUGUCUCGUCCAAAUGGUGUUGUCAGCUGGUACAAAGACGGCCAAAAGCUGCAAGAGAGUGAGAACAUCAAGCUCAAGAUUGAAGGUCCUUAUCGACGACUGAAGAUUAUUUCCAGUGGAGUCGAAGAUUCUGGAGAAUACGUCUGUGAUACAGCUGAUGCGUCAAUAUUCUUUCACCUUAGUAUUACAGAACCACCAGUGCGGAUUGUGUCCCCAAGUCAGUCCCAAAUGGAACUCUGCCAGCAAACCUCUGAGAGGAUGGUGUUGAGUUGUGAGAUCUCGCGGCCAAAUGCAGUGGUGCGUUGGUAUCGAGAUGGACUGGAAGUGGAGGAAAAUGACAACCUUAUUCUAGAGGUGGAUGGUGUCUACAGAAGACUCAUUAUACCUGAAACUACUGUCAAAGAUUCCGCCGAAUAUGUCUGUGACACUGCAGAUGACUCCAUGACAUUCUUUGUAAACAUAGCAGAGCCUCCUGUUCGCUUUGUACGCCCAAGGAAGAUGGCAGGUAGGGUUGAUAAAAUGGCUGGGGAGACCCUGGUUCUAGACUGUGAGGUUUCAAGAUCAAAUGCAGAGGUCACCUGGAAGAAAAAUGGGGAAGAAGUAGAAGACUCCAGAAAUAUCACAAUCCUUGAGGAUGGUGUCAUGCGUCAAUUAACCGUUCACUCGCUAACACUGGAAGAUGCUGGGCAAUACGUCUGUGAUGCAAAGGAUGAUGUGAUGGAUUUUCAUGUAAAUGUGCAAGAGUUGCCUGUAAAAAUUCUUGGAAAAACUGAUGCUAAAACAGAAAAGCAGUUCUUAGUAUCAGAUGACAUUAUUUUAGUGUGUGAAUUAUCAAGAUCCAAUGCCUCAGUGAGCUGGUACAGAGAUGAUCAGCUAAUUGAUGACACUGAGCGAUACUGCAGCGAGGAGCAGGGUGUUUUCCGAUCAUUGGUUGUCCUAAAUGCCAGGCUUGAAGAUUCGGGAGAGUACACCUGUGAUGCAGUGGAUGAUAAGAUGGUCUUCUAUAUCACUGUCAAAGAUCCUCCAGUACAGAUCAUUGGAAACUCAGGCCACCCAGAGCAUCAUAUCCUGGUAGCAGGGGAUGAUCUUAUUUUGGAGUGUGAGGUGUCUCGGCCAAACGCCGCCGUUCAGUGGCUAUGGAAUGGCAAGACACUGAAACCAGACACUCGUAUAAAAAUUGACAGCUAUGACGUUGUGAGGAAGCUUGUUCUCUCUGGACUUCAGCCAUCAGACUCUGGAAAAUACAUUUGUGAUGCCUUUGAUGACAAACUGACAACAAUCGUUGAGGUCCAAGAACCACCGGUCAAAUUUGAGAAUAAAAAAGACAGUAAUAAUGUCUCAGCCUACGAAAAUGAGAGUGUUACGCUGUGUGCCACUGUGAGCCGGGCAAGAGCUAAUGUUCGGUGGCUGAAAGAUGGCCAACUAUUGAACGGGGACAACAUUCACAUCUCCAGUGAGGGUAAUACCCACAAGCUCACUAUUAAUCCCCUGCAGCUGUCAGAUUCUGGAGAAUAUGUCUGUGACGCAAAGACAGAUGAGAUGUAUUUCAGUCUUUUAGUCAAAGAAAUGCAGGUGAAAUUUAUUAAACCAUUGGAGAACAUAGUGUCUGUGAAGGGCAGCAGCCUUAUAUUACGAUGUGAGAUCAACAAGCCCAAAGGAGAUGUCCAGUGGCUAAAAGACGGCCAAGAAAUCUCUCCAAGUCGACGGCACACAAUACGGGCACAAGGUCGAGAACGAAGCUUUACUAUCCACCAACUGGUGGAAGAAGAUGCUGGAGAAUAUUCCUGUGAAUCCACAGAUGACAGGACAUCAGCAACUGUCAUUGUAGAAAUUCCCCGUGUUGUUGAGUUCAUAGCGGAGCUACGUAACAUCACGGUCCGUGAAGGAGAAGACGCCGUAUUUAAGUGUGUGGUUUCACCAGAGGACACUCGGCUGGUGUGGCGCCUAAAUGGAAAGCAAGUUGCUCUGAAUGAGCGCACUGUCAUUUCAAGUAACGGACUAUGCCACAUGCUCUGCAUCCACAACUGCAUGGUUUCAGAUAGCGGCAGGGUGACAGCUGAUGCAGAGGGGUUGGUAUCACAGGCAGAGCUCCAGAUUCAAGAGCAACAGGUGUUGUUCACCAAGCAAAUGUCACCAGUUGUAGCCGAAGAGUACAGCGAUGCGACUCUAGAGGUGGAGGUGGGUCUGGACACCGGAGAGGUGCAGUGGAUGAGGCAAGGAGUACUGAUCCACCCCGGAGCCAAGUAUACGGCAAAACACAAGGGCCAAAAACACAGUCUCACCAUCCACAAACUGGCCAUGUCUGACCGGGGCACCUACAGCUGUGAAACCCUUCAUGACCGCACGCAAGCGCAGCUCACAGUGGAACCUCGAAAAGUCACAAUCAAGAGAGGGCUGACUGACAUUAAAACCACAGAGAGAGAGACGGCAACUUUUGAGGUGGAGCUCUCCCAUCCCAAUGUCCCAGGCACCUGGACGAGAAACGCAAUCAAGCUUAAGCCGACAAAUCACUUCCGUAUGAGUGCCAAAGGAGCAGUCCACAGUCUAACCAUCUCUAACCUCUCAGUAGAAGACACUGGCACGUUUGUGUUCUGUGUGGAAAAUUUGAAGACGUCUGCAAGGCUUGUUGUGAAGGAGCCCCCAGUGACCAUUCUCAGAAAGCUGGAGGACCAGAGGUUCCCUGACGGGGCAGUAAUCUCUCUUGAGUGUGAACUGUCAAGACACAACGUUGAUGUGAAAUGGACGAAGAAUGGGGUUGAGGUGAAGCCAAGCAAGGAUUUGCGCAUUUAUGCAAUGGGACGGAAACGUUUUCUUCAGAUCAUGAAAUGUCAUGUCAGUGACUGUGGCAUGUACACCUGCGAUGCUGGAGAUGCCACUACAUCCUGCACCGUGGACGUCUAUGAGCGUGAGCUGCAGAUCCUGCAGGGCCUGGAAGACUUGGACAUCCAGGAAGAUCAGAACGCGGUGUUUGUCUGUGAGGUCUCAGUGGAGGAUGUGCCAGGAGAAUGGUACAGAAAUGGAGAGAGGAUACAGCCCACAAGCACCAUCAAGAUCCGGCAGGAAGGGACCAAACAUUUUCUUCUUAUGUGCAAUGUGAAAGCAGAGGACUCUGGAGAGAUCAAGUUUGUGACCAGACAUGUUGAAUGUGUUGCUUAUUUGGAGGUGGAAGAGCUUCCUGUCAACAUAGUGAAACCUCUGCAAGAUACGACUGCCCUUGAAAAGAGCCGCGUGCUCCUCGACUGCACUGUAUCUAACCCCAGAUGUAGCAUUCGCUGGUACAAAGGCGCCAAUGUCAUCCUGCCCUCAGAGCGUUUCGAGAUCUGCAGCGAAGGCUGUUAUCGCAAACUGAUCAUCCAGCAAGUGGUUCUCGAUGAUGAGGGCAUGUACAGCGUGCAGGUUGGAGAGUACACAUGCUCUGCCAAACUGACAGUAGUGGCUCAGUCACAGUUAAUGGUCAGAGAGCUGACAGAUGUGGAAGUCAUGGCCCCCGAUGAAGCCUGCUUUGAAUGUGAGGUGUCAGUCCCCGUCCUCAACGCGCCCGUGUGGACUCUGAAUGGAGAGCCCUUACAGCCGAGCUCCCGGGUCCUGCUGGAGAAGAUGGGCACGGUCCACAGGCUGACCCUCAGACAAACCUCCCCGGACAUGAGCGGAGUGGUGGAGUUCACCUUCGGGAAAGCAAAAAGCAAAGCCGAGCUCCGGGUGCUGAGUGAUCCGUGAGUGACAUCUUCUAUCUGUCAUCGCCUAUUGACAGGGAUUGAUUGAUUUUUGUAUUGAUGCUUUUUAAUUGUAACAUUGACAUUGCUUCUAUAUUCUACAAACAGUAUGUCUAUAAAAUUGGUUUAAACAGGGUUGUGAUGGAUUUUCAUGCAGUUCAGUUAUUUCAGGGAGUGGAUUUUCUUUCAGUAACUCGCCUUUGAGAAUUUCUGUUCACAUAAGAAUGUCAUAGUCAGUGUGUGAAUACAUUUGCAACACCUCCUUUAUCAUAAUACAAAUUGCAGUUUGGAUGUAAAUAAUGUGUGCAAGUGAUCUGAUGUUUAGGCUGAAUGUGUAUCUGUGCCAAUAAAUCUGAUUUGAAUACUGUAAAGAUUGAACAAGUGGAAAGUUAAGAGUUCUACAUAGUUUGAAUGCAAUUCAACCACAAAACAUGUAAAGAUGAGAGUCUGUUAAAGGCCAGAUGCUAAUGUAGAGCAAAUAAAUGUAAAAUCAUCUUAUAUCUUAUAUUUAGCCAAAUCUUGUUCAAGUUGCAUAUACUCAUUGAAUGUGCAUGUGCUUGUGGUAUUUUAAAAAAAAUGCCAUUUUAAAACCCUUUGAAACCUCAGUAUAUUUGGCUUGAUUUCUUUCAAAA